AUGAAGAGCGUAUAUGGUGACGAGAAUCGUGUUAUGAACAUCAACAAGUAUCAGCAAACACAAUUUCCAGGUCUGGUCCAGGCCGGUAACCUCCAAGCUCAACAAGUGCUAUUACAACAACUACAACAAGGUCAACAACAAGGUCAACAGCAACAAGCUCCUCAAGGGCAGCAACAACAGCCACCUCAAGGUCAACAGCAGCAACAACAACAAUUGUUUGCUCAACAGGGACCCCUUCCAGGUUCUUAUUCCGAUAAUCUUGGUCAAAGUGGGUAUCAGAAUGGCGGCUACCAGAAUACUUUCCAGCGAUCCAUGCAACAACAGCAACAACAGCAACAACAGCAAUUUUAUGCUCAACAACAAUUUCAACAACAACCUAAUCAACAAAACCAACCCCAAACUCAGUCCCAAGGAGCCCUUCAACCUGGACAGAACCCUAUGCUGUUCCAACCACAGUAUCAAGGCAACCAACAAGGUCAAAUGCUUCCACCUCCUCAACAACAGCAACAACAACAACAACAACAACAGUUAUUUGGACAGUCUAUUUUGCCCCAUCCUCAACAACAACAGACUCAACAACAACAACCAUCUUUGGCUAAUGUUGUAAGUGGUCAGAAAUUCUCCCUUGCAAUCGAGAAACCCAAUUCAAUUUACUGGCAGCAUCAAGUACAGUUAUGCCAAAUGUCAAGAGGGGCCACCACACCGCACUAUUACGCUAGACAAUACGCGUCCAAUUCUCGGAAGGGCAAGAAUCCAUAUAGCAAUGAAGUUAAGGCUGUCACUUUAGUUGAUGCUACCAAAUCCAUGUUGGUAAUGUUAGAGGAACAAGAGAAGGCAAAUGGUAACGGGAAUAACGUCGAUACUCCCCCCGUUAACAAUGCAUUGUUGUUUAAUAAGAAAUUGGCACUGGAAUUAGAUGAUGAACACCUUCAAGAAGAACAAAGAAUGAGACAAAAGACCCAAGGGAAACAAUUAUGGUGUCAAUUGGAUUUAUGUGGCCAAGGAUUGACAAAUAUCGCUCCUAAGUUGUUUCUGUAUGACUUUUUGGAAUCGUUAUACUUGAACAAUAACAAGUUGACCUCUGUUCCUCCAAUAAUCAGUAAGUUAAGAGGUUUAAGAACACUAGAUUUAUCUCAGAAUAGAAUUUCCGAAUUGCCUAGUGCUUUGGGUCUUUGUUUCAACUUGAGAUACCUCUAUUUAUUUGAUAAUAAUAUCCGUUCAUUGCCCAAGGAAUUUGGAAAUUUAAUAGAAUUGUUGUUUUUGGGUAUUGAAGGUAAUCCAAUUGAUAGUAAUAUUGCUAAUUUGAUUGCUGACAAAGGUACAAAGGGUUUGAUCAGUUAUAUCAGAGAUUCUAAAAUUGAUUCUAUCCAUCCUAAUCCAAGAUUAUGGUAUCAAGUUGAAGAAGAUGGCGAGAUUGUGGAACCGGCUACAGAAGAUAUUCAAAUAGGUGAUGUAAAGGGUGAAUCAUUUACUUUGAUGUCUUACAAUACAUUGUGCCACCACUAUGCAACUCCUAAGUUGUAUAAAUACACACCAUCCUGGGCAUUAGACUGGGAAUAUAGGAGAAAUAAGUUGAAGGAGGACGUUUUGAAAUACAAAACGGAUAUUGUGUGUAUGCAAGAGGUUGAGACUAAGACCUAUCAUGACUUCUGGGUACCAUUGAUGCUGCAAUUCGGUUAUAAGGGUGUUUUUUAUAGUAAAACCAGAUCUAAGACAAUGAGUGAAGUAGAUUCCAAGAAAGUUGAUGGUUGUGCCACAUUUUACAAGAGUGAUAAGUUUAGUUUACUUCAAAAGCAAAAUUUUGAGUAUAAUAGCGUUUGCAUGGGUUCUGAUAAGUAUAAAAAGACCGAGGAUUUAUUCAAUAGAUUUAUGAAUAAAGAUAAUGUUGCCUUGAUUACAUUCUUACAACACACAUCAUCUGGUGAGAAGAUUAUGGUUGUUAAUACCCAUUUGCACUGGGACCCUGCAUUUAAUGAUGUCAAGACUUUACAAGUUGGUAUUCUUUUGGAGGAACUUCAUGGAAUAUUAAAGAAAUUUCAUCAUACUCAUGCGGAUGAUGAUGUCAAGGGUCUUUCAUUGAUUAUCUGUGGUGAUUUCAAUUCUAUUCGUGGCAGUGCCGUAUACCAAUUAUUUUCUAGUGGGACUGUUCACAAGCAUCAAGAUUUGGAGGGUAGAGAUUAUGGUAGAUUUACUGAAACUGGAUUUCAACAUCCUUUCAAGUUGAAAUCUGCAUAUGAUAAUAUGGAGGAAUUACCAUUUACCAAUUUUUCACCUGGAUUUACCGAUGUAAUCGACUAUAUUUGGUAUAGUACUAAUUCUCUACAAGUUCGUGGAUUAUUAGGUAAAGUUGAUAUGGAUUAUGUGAACCAUUGUAUUGGAUUUCCUAAUGCUGAUUUCCCAUCAGAUCAUAUUCCAUUGGUUACCAAUUUUGCUAUCAGACAAAGUACUACCCACAAGAAACCCGACUUCAAGCCCGAAUUCAAAUCGGGUGGCUCUAGAAAGACUUGA